AAUCGGAAGCGUCCAUUUCAUAAAUGUACGGCUAGAAAUGAGUCCACACAUAAAAAGAAGUCAAAGUGGGUGCACCGUGCAAGCAACGGAGAAAGAAGGCACAAUUACAGCGGGCUUUGUUUGCGCCCGCUUUUGCUUGUGGCGGUGCUCUUCAUUCAUAUAUCCUCCAGAGAAUUUUGGCUUCCUUACUGUUGUGCAAGUAUCUUACUUGGGCGGACUUAUUUCAAGUUGGGGAACUAAACAAGGCACCACACUCCAGCAUAGGGCGGACUUUAGAAGAUUGGUGGAACAAGACAAGCCUCUGUACUCUUGAGAAGACAGCCACUGCACUUUCUUUACUUGGUUGCACCUAUUUGGAGUUAAAAAGGAAGCCUUACCAAUUUAAUAUUGGUAGGAUUCCAUGGGAGGUAAUACUCUAAUGAUAUGAAAGUUGACUAUUGAAGCAUGGGAAAAGGGGAUCACAGCUAUACAAGUUGCAAUUUAAAAUGUUUCAAGUCUAAUAAUCAACAUUGAGAUGCAUCUGCACAAUGCUGGAAACCGAAAAAUCAAUAAAAGAAAUCAAAUACAUUCCAAGUGUGACAUAGGCCUCUAGAAAUGAUGUGCAAGUCUUGAUGGCAAUUUGCAUUUGGUCUAUUUUCCUUGAUAGAAACACGUAUGGUUGGCCAAGGGUAUCCUUUUAUAUGGUUGCCGUCUUUAUUUACUUUCCCAAUUUACAAACAUCCUAUUUAGAAUCACAGUUUUAUUCUUCAACAGUGAAAAAGGAGUUCUAACAUUGUCCGGAAAUCCUAGAGGCACAGACAUUUGUGUUGUCCCACAGAGCUUAUGGACCCAGGUUCAGGAUCACAAGACCUUUGUGUAGAUGAACCUAUCACUCUUCCCAAAUCAAGGGUAGGAGCAUCAAAUGAUCAGCGUUUUUUAUUGAUUUUUAUUGCGGGUACAUACUUUGGGCCAGAUGUGAAAGCUGAAGUGCCAACUAAAUCAGCUUUGCAAAGAAUAGCACUAGAGCUUCCACCAUAUACACAUGAUCAGCUUGGAGGUUCGGUUGUACGACUUGCAGAAAUUGAGAGCGUGUAUUUUUAUGUUCUAAGAAGAGCUCACCCAAAUGUAGGAGUAAAGCUGCAGUCCCUUUACAAGUUUCUUCAGGGUCAUCUGGCACCACCUACAAAGGAGAAUCUUGAUGAUGAACGACAGUUCACAACCCUCUUCCCUCCUGAUUUACAUCGGCAGGCUAGAUUUAAAGGAACAUACAAAGUUGUUGAGAAUUUUGUUUUUAUAAAUGAUCCAGAUAUCACAUACAUAAAAGCUGAGGACAUAGAAAGGUUUAAGCAAUUAACUGGAUUAACCGAAUUAAGGUUAGAUAGAGAUGAGGCACGGUUCUACAGACAUGGCCGAAGGAUGGAUAGAGAUGAAUUAAAGCAGGCUCGACUCAUUGCUAUUCAAGAGACACAUCAGCAGGCUCAAAAUGGUGGUGUGCCACCUUUAAUUUCAGAUGUUUCACAGGAACCUCAAAAGAGAAGAAGAAAGGAACCAGUACAGACAGUACCAAUGCCACCUCAAGCAAUGCCAGGAAAGGAAAAAUCAACACAAAGUAAGAGUAUCGGACCAGCAAUGAUACUGCUUCCUUCGUCCCCAACUGAAGAGCAAUGGAGCAAUAUCCUCAAGGCUACGAAGCCAUCAAUUGCAUUUACAGGAUCUGCAGCUGCUAGGCAAGUUGGUCCUGUAAUUGGGCUUGUUGAUAUUGGUGUUUGUGAAGAUGCUUAUUUAUUCCGCAUAGCACUUCCUGGUGUCAAGAAAGAUCAGCGUGAAUUCAGUUGCGAGGUUGAAUGUGAUGGUAAAGUGGUUAUUAGGGGUACUACUACAACAGGAGAGCAAAAGGUCUUGAAGAACUCGCGAACAUUUCAAAUGCAAACUCAACACCUGUGUCCACCGGGUCCUUUUACUGUCUCUUUCCAAUUGCCAGGACCUGUAGAGCCCAGAGAAUUUUCAGGUAAUUUUGGCGCUGAUGGUGUUUUGGAGGGGAUAGUAAUGAAAGAGAGGGAAAGAACGGUCUCUGCUUGUUUGACCUUUGAAUCCUGAUUCAUUGGCAUUGUGAAGGACACAAUUGGCUUCGUAGCUUUAAACACAUUCAAAGUUGCACAGUCAAAUUCAAAGUGCAUUUGAAGCUUCGAACAUUUUGUAUAAUACUGAAAAUGGUUGAGCCAUGGUGCAAGAUAUUUAUUCUCUCUGACUAUUUGAGUGUUGUAGAUUUAUCAAGCAAUUCUCCUGGAUUGGAUCUUGCGACAUUAUCUCUUGAAAGCUGUGGGCAUAAUUUACCCACAAGUUCAGAAAGGCAUAGAUGCAAGGCACCUGAAGGAAUUGAGGAAAUGAAAAUUAUAUGCUACCAUGAGAGAUUAUAAAUGUUAACAGUCCUUUUCUUUGACUGCCCUACUCUUUGUUUCUCUGGAAACCGAGAGAUACUGGUUUGAUUGUUCAGAUUUUAUCCCCCAUGUCAGCUCUGGGUUCUCUCUCUUUAUUUGUCGAAUCAUGAGAAGCCAUUGGUAUAUUAUCAGUCAUGUUUCUAUUGUGUAUUGUUAUGUGUUUUGCAUUUCAUUAAUUGCCAGUGCUACAAAGUUUGAUUUAA